UUAGAGAAAACUAAACAUGGAUGAUGUUUAACUAGUAAUUAAAGCCAUUUGCGAAACAUCUUGAGAAAAUCUUCAAAAGAAAUUAGUUAUCUAGGACUGCACGUAAUAUCUAAUGUGAAAACGCUGUAAUAAUAAAUUAGAUAAGAGUGUAAAAUAAGUGAUUUGUCCAGCUGAGUUCCACCACAGAUCAUGGAGUCCUGGAAGAGUCACGUGCGGGCAGAGCUGUUUCACAGAGACUGCAGGCAGAGAGAUCCUUUCUCUGGCCUGUUUGACAAGGUGUCCAGGCUGGAGGAAAUGCUGACUUUUCACAUGAAACUCAGUUCCAAAGAUAAUGGAAGUUCCAGAUGCCCAGAUGAAGGCGGCACCCUUUAUUUGAGAGUGAAUGAGCUGGAAUUUCUUAAUCAACAGCUCAAGGAGAAAAUCUCAGAUCUGACUAGCAAUGUAUACCUGAAGGAGGCAGAGUUACAAUACUGUCACUCACAAGUUGUCCGCUACAGGGCCGAAGCGGUUGUAUUGGCCCAGGGGGCUUCCAGUCUGAAGGCUGAACUAGAUGAAUACGGUUAUCAGCUGGAGUGUCAAUCAAAGGAACUGACAGCACUGAGACUGGAGCACAGCUCACUGAGAGAGGAGCUGACGGCCGCAAACCUCCAGAACGAGCAGCUCCUCGACCGCUGGUUAGAGGAGAAGAAAGAGGAGGCCGAGAGGAUUAAUAAAUAUAACGCAACACAAGAAAGAUGGCAACGUUUGGCAGGUCGACUGAGGAAGCGGCAUCGUGUCAGAUCUCGCGCAGUGUGUGCAGACGACAAACCGACGGACACCAAAACUCAGAGACCUCCUUCUUAGGACUUGAUUAUCUAUGGAUGUUAAUUUGACGGUUUUUG